GGCUGUCUCUCGAGUGGCCGUCACCGACGGUCGCAACGAAAUUGUACACAACGCAAGUUAUUAUUCACGAGCACCAAACUAGCCCUCGCGCUCUCUGGGAGACUUCGCCAAACGUAUACCACGAUACCGUUUCAAAAUGAUCAUCCCUCCAGCCUUACUCUGCGUUCUCCUACUAGCAUAUCGCGCGCACGCCCUCCCUACUACGAAGCCGACACAAAUUCAAGACACUGAAACAACAAACAAUUGGUCGAUAGAGGCGAUACUGGGUCUGAUCAGUGUCUUUGUGGCACUACUCUGUUGUGCGAUUGGUCUCGUAUGGCCAAGCUGUCGAAGACGCCUGACACUGAGAAGGAUUCAUGCCGCUGCAAGCAGGUCUGCAUGUUCCAUCACCUCUCCAGCCUUGCUGGCUUCGACAGCAAUUCAACACCAAGGUGCCCGAUCAACACAUCUUCUUGCCACCCAAGUCCACCGGCCCAACAUGGUCCCAGUUCAUAGCAGCAUGGUAGCCAUCACCAUCACUACUAUGUUCGUGCCGACUGAGUCGAAUUUCGUGUAGGUGGUGUGGAUUUAUAAGCAUUGUGAAUGCGGCUCUUUCCAAAGGCGUUUGUGGGUCGAUGUCGAAGCGUAGAGAAAGGUGCUCGUUGUUCAGCGAUAGUUACGGUCUGUACACCUAGUGACGUCUUCGGAACAAGACCA